CCGCUGCCGAGGUUGCCCGAGGCCGGUAGGCGGUGCUGCCGGUCGCCGCCCUCCCCUCAUUCCGGCCCAGCGCGCGGGAUCGCGGCGGCGGAUCUCUGCAUAUUCGCUCUUCGGCCCGUCCUUAUCCCAGCUCUCCAGCGGCUGCCGGGCGGACCUCCAGGAUGUGGAGGCUGGUGCCCGCCUCGGGAAAAGGAGAGCCAUAUCGGCUUUUAAGUGGUGUAGAAUAUGUUGUUGGACGGAAAAACUGCACAAUUUUAAUUCAGGAUGAUCAGUCUAUCAGCCGCAGUCAUGCAGUUCUGACCGUUAGUCGGCCUGAAACAAGUCCUAGUCAAUCUCACUCUGUACCUAUCUUAACAGUAAGAGAUACAUCUAAGUAUGGUACCUUCGUUAAUGGAUCAAAACUCAAUGGUGCUUCUGUGUCUUUACAAUCUGGUGACAGAAUCAACUUUGGAGUCUUUGAGAGCAAGUUUAGAGUGGAAUAUGAGCCUUUGGUUGUCUGUUCCUCAUGUUUAGAUGUAACUCAGAAAAAUGCUUUAAAUCAAGCCAUCCAGCAACUAGGAGGCCUUGUAGUGAAUGAAUGGACAAAAGAGUGUACCCACCUUGUAAUGGUAUCAGUAAAAGUUACUGUUAAGACUAUAUGUGCUUUGAUUUGUGCUCGACCAAUUAUAAAACCAGAGUUUUUUUCUGAAUUAAUCAGAGCUAUUCAGUCCAGGCAACAGUUGCCAAAUCAUGAAAGCUUUUAUCCUCCCGUUGAUGAGCCUUCCAUUGUCAGUGAAAACCUGGAUUUAUCUGAGCGUCAUGAAAGGAAAAAAAUAUUCAGUGGAAAAACUUUUGUAUUUCUAACUGCCAGGCAGCACAAGAAACUGGGUCCAGCAGUUGUUCUUGGAGGAGGGGAAGUAAAGUUGAUGACAGAAGGAAGAAAAGAAAUGCCUUUACUACUGUCUCCUGAAGUUUGUGUAGUUGAUGUGGGUUUGACAAACUCUCAGAUCUCAGGAUCUGACUCUAUGACAAACCGGACUGAUUCCAUUCUGCCUGUCUUGGAAAGCAAGAAUCUUAGGGCUAUUCCCGAGGCAGAAAUUGGAUUGGCAGUUAUCUUCAUGUCCACGGAAAAAUACUGCAAUCCUCAAAAGCAGCCUGCUUCCAAAGCUGUAGGUGAAAGUUCUCCCACAUCAGCUGCCGUAGGCGGAGCCAUUUCCCAGAGUCUGGCUGUGGAUGAAACCAUAAUGCCAACUGCUGCAGAUAGCAACAGCUUGUACGUAGCUGAUACGGAAGAGCACACAUGUAUGGAGAUAGAGAAUACUUCCCAGGUGCAUAGACAAAGGAAAAUGGCUUUCCAGGAUGCAACUGCCAUAAAAAAACCCAGUGGCACAAGUGGCAGUGUAAGUGCAGGAACAUCAGUACCUAGAGGGAACAGAACAUCUGGUUUCAGCCAAAGAAGUCAGCCUGUCUCACCACCUAAAAUUUCAGAAGCUGGCAAACCUCGUGAGAGUGCUUCACGUCACCAGUCAAACUCAAUUACAAAUUACUUCCAGGUUUCUAGAAAAAGGGAAAGAUCUGAAGAAGAAGAAACAUCUGUACCCAAACUAGCAAAAUUGGAGGAAAGGUCAUCACCUCUUCCCAAGUGCACUGAAUCCACAGCUUUGUUGAUCUGCAACAGUGAAACUAAACAGUAUCAAAAGAAAAAUAAUAUCCUGGACCCAAACCCAAAUUUUGCAGAAGACAUGGGUAUAGAGCUUAUGAGAGAAAGUGUCAAACUAUCAAGUGAUAGAACAGACACUAAAACCACCUCUAGUGAAAAUCAUACAACAAAAAAGAGAAAGGAAUUAGAUGAUUUAUCUGAAGAUACAGAAGCAUUAGAAAUUGUGUUUGAAAGCAGAGAUACAGACUGGGAAGAUCAAAUGGCAGAUCAUGACCAGGAAGCUCAAGGAAAUACACGAAAAAAACUAUGUUUAGAAGCCAAAGGAAGCAGGAUUCAAGAAGUGAAUGUAAAUCAGAGAGAGGAGAAUAAAGUGUUGAAAGAAGAGGAACUUGGAUCAGUUCUAACUUCAGAAAUGAAAAGUGAUAUCAAGCAAGAGUCACCAGUCUUGAACCACAGCAAUCUGCAAGAUGACUCCAGCAAUCUUCCUAGCAGGCUUCUGUUGACAGAGUUUAGAUCCUUGGUUGUCAGCCAUCCAAGACAGAACAGUCAUAUUCCUGGAAAUACCAGCUAUGGGGGAAAGAAAAAUUUCAAAAUGUUCAAAAAGGUAGCUUACCCUGGGGCAGGACAACUUCCACACAUUAUUGGAGGAUCAGAUUUGAUUGCUCACCAUGCUAAAAAGAAUUCAGAGCUAGAAGACUGGUUAAGGCAAGAAGUGGAGGAACAGGACCGACAAGCAAGAGAAGAAUCACUUGCUGAUGAUCUCUUUAGAUAUGAUCCGAAUGUGAAAAGAAGAAGAUAAAUUGUGACCUGGAUUUACAGUGUUUCUCUGGCAAAACCUGCUUUCUGUUCCUUGGGUUUCCUGGUUACAGUGUCUAAGAUGUUCCUAUAUAUAACCAUUUGAAUAUCUCUUAUUGUAAGACAUGAUUUCCAAGUCUUGCUUUUAUUAAAGAAAAAGAAAAGUUCUUUUCACUGUUUGGUAUUUACAGAUUGUGUCAUUGUCAAGACCUUCCCAUUAUUGACUUCAGAGUAGUGUUCAGUAAAAUACUGUAGAUACUUAGGAUUUCAUUUUAGACUAUUUCUAAUGUUUGGUUAUUGGUACUAUUUUUGGGGGGAAAAAGGAAGUUAGCAUCAGGAUAUUUUUUCUUUUUUCAGAAAGGCUUUAUUAAUUAGGUGUUUUCAAGGGUGUUGUCUUAAGAACUGAAAAUCUAUUGAGGCUGAGAUGCAACUGGUAAUUGAUCAUGAUAUGAUGAUAUGAUAUGAACUUGAUUUGAUUCAUAAUGAACCACGUCUCUGUGGUUUGUUGUAUAAAGCAUAUACUAUUGUUACUGGUACAGAGUAUCUUGGAACUGAAAAAAAAACCCAGCUUCUUUUUCUCUUGCUUAAACAUAUUUUCAUUUACACCUUUAAAUCAGUGUGGUCGAGUGCUCAUUUGUUAAAACCUACUUCCAAGCCAGACCAAGUCUUAAAGAGCUGUUGCAUUCCAAUUUGGAAUUUUAAAUUAUAUGACACAUUUCUUUCUCUCGUGCCUUUACUCUUUGCAAUCACUGUGUAAAAAUGUGGCCUUCAAAAUAGUUCAAUUAACAGGAAAAGAAAGCUAUGAAACAAUUACCUGUUUGUGGAUUAGGAGAGCUCAUCUUAAUGAUCUGAGAACUUGCAAUUUGUGAAAUUCCCCUGGGAGUACAGUGUUAAAAACUUUCCAGACUUCCUGCUCAGCUGUAUGAAGCCAUCACAUACAGAUGAAGAUGGACAGUAGCUCUCUUGCAUCCUAUUUCAAGAGGGAGGAUCUCCUUCCUCAUGUGAGGAAGUAAUCUGGUUUAUAUAAUUGAAUUGACACAAAAGUACCCCUCUGCCAAGAGCUCUGAGCGUAUGAGCAAGAUGGGCUGCACCAUUUGAAGCUGCUCCGUUGUGUAUCAGAUCUAAAGAACAGCAUUGCAAGAUCUGUGUGUGUCAGGGUAGCAGAUGUGCUGAAGUCAAUCAUGGUUACAACAUGCAGAAAAUAUUUGGCCUUCCAAAGCCAGUGUUUUCUUAGGUCUGUCUUGGCAUCUUCUUGCUGGUCAGCAAUGUCCAUUGUGAUACACAAAGUGCAGCCCAAUACUUCAGAGCUCUGCAAAAGCUGUGAGAGUGUUUGCAUCAGGGCACAUCAACUCUAAUCCACCAAACACCUUUAAAAAGACUGUUCUUGAGCAGUUGAAAUUCUUUUUGGAGGAGGGGUACUGACUGUUCCACCCGCAGCUGAGUUUUUCUGCUAUCACUGAGAAUUACCAGGUUUUCUGGCUGGUUCUACUGGUUCGACAGAGUUCUUGUAGAUUGCUAAGGUUUUUGAUUGUUGUUACUAAAUUCGAGAAAAUAAGUUGGAUAGUAGAGUAUCAAUGGACAAGAUUCUUCAAGAUUCUUCAAAAAGGUUGUAUUUACAGUUGUUAAAAACAGCUGGAGAAUUUCUGAGGUGAAGGGACAAAACACACAAUGUAAGGGGGCCUUCUACAAGAAAGUAAAGGCUAAAUUCUUUGCUGCUCAGACUGCAAUCUGCUAGGGGCUCAAGCAACCCUGGCUGUAUAGCUGAAAGCGCUCUUUUUGUUCAUGUUUUAUGAUUUAGGGCUCAUCAAAUCCAGUUUCCCAGGCAGCCGACUUUAUCAGUUUUGAUACUUUUUUUUUUCAAAUUUAGUAUGUAAGAGUUGUGGGUCCUUUUCAGCUCAGAAUAUUCUAGGAUUCCACCUUGAGGAUGCCUAGUAGGUGAUAUAGUUUGGUUUGUAAUUCAGUUUUAGCUGCUGUCCAGUUGAUGAAAACCCUGCACGUUAGUGCACCUGAGCUUCUGCUACUUCAGUAUGAAAUUAGACUGCAUUAAAAAGCUUAGACACACAAACCCCUUAACCAUGGCUUGAAUUGUAACACCAAACUCAUACAAGAAGUCCUGUUCAUUAUUCUGAAGUCUUCCUUCCAUUUUAAGUUAUUUUUGGCAUGAUUUUCACCUGAGGACAUUAGAGGUAACAUUCUUGUUGACUUACUGGUUUGGCCUUCUGUUACUGAAGUUUCUGAGGUAGAUGAUAAAGGACGAUUACAUGAUUCAA